AUGAAUGAAGAGAUUUUGUUUCGGUCCAGUAUUUCUGAGAAAGAACUGUAUAUUAUAAUAAUUUGCGGACUUGCCGGAGCAGUUGUAUUACUGACAAUCGUUGUUAUUAUCCUUUCAAUUGUGAUCAAAAAUCAUAAACGACCAAAAUCAUGCGAGGCACAUAGCCAAACAGAAGUGCAGCAGACAAAUCAAAGUUUUACUUACAUGGAGCCAGCAAGAGAGAUGAAACGAUUGCGCUCCCCAAGUUUACAAUCGCCCGUUUUGAGCCGCUCACCAAAUGCAUUUGGCUUCAGAAGCCUUGGAUACUCACAAGAUAUAAAUCUCAAUACCUUUCCAAAGUCAACAUCUCGGCCCAAUAUUUCCACGCAUUUUCAUCAAUUAAAACCGCCAAAAUCAGACAAGAUGCCUAGAAAGAUGAUUUUUACAGAAGAAGAUGUCAAGCAAUUUUCUCCAGACUUAGGCCGAGCACCUCUUUCUGCCAGCUCGCCUCACACUAGAUCUCGUUCUGAACCCGCUAAGGAGAGUUCCCUGCUUUCGACCGCUGAAGUCAAUGAGUUUUUUAACAAAAUGUGA